AUGUUCGGGUCGUUGCAGGGGGGAACCUUUGCAGACAUAUGGUUGGAGUUGUGUGAUCGUUUUGCACAGGAGUCUAGAAAGGAUGAACUGCUGAGCUCCAUUGCAUACGGGCUCUGGCGGCUAUGGAAGUGUCGAAACAGUCUGGUAUUUGAAGGGCGUCCGAUUCACCCAGCUGAGGCUGUGGAGAUCAUGAUCAAGCAGCAAACUGAUUUUUUGCAGACUAGGGAGAAGGGAAAGGAGACGACACCCAUCCAAGGAGGUGGCGGAGAACAUCGGAGCCUGGGCACUCAACAAAGGUCCUGCCCUCCGAUGGAUUUUGUUAAAAUCAAUUGUGACGGGGCAUGGACGUCACAAACUUUGCGUGGUGGGUGGGGUUGGGUGAUACGUGAUGCAUCUGGGGUGUUUAAAGGGGCUGGGGGUGAAGGAGGUGUGCGAUGCGGCGCUGCAAUAGUUGCUGAAGCUGAGGCAUUACGGGCGGGUCUGUGUGCGGGAGUGGACCAGGGCUGGCAGCGGGUGGUGCUGGAGUCUGACUCCAAGCUCAUGAUUGAUAUGCUGAAAGGGGUUGGCUGUUCUGACUCCCGGGUUGAAGGUAUUGUGCAUGACAUUAGAUUCCUGAUGCGGCAGAUGCAGACGGUGGUCUUGUCUUUUGUUUCUAGAAUAGCUAAUAAGGUGGCAGAUUUAGUUGCUGCCUUUGCGUCCAAAACCCAAGGUCUGAGUAAGUGGGAGGGAUCUCCCCCUUUAUGGUUAAUUAAUUCGUUGGCAAUUGGUGUAUCCUCUUUUACUGUUGAAUGA